AUGGGCAUAUCCGUCCGCAAGUCCAUCGGCUGGCCUCCAGAGCCGCACAGUGAGCCUACAUCUACCAUUGUCUUAACGUCACCAAAGUGCUGGUUUGUCGAUGUCCGCGUCCUCUCGCCUGCCGCGACCGACAGCGGCCAUGUCGUGGAUAUCGACUGGGCCUUUGCUGGCAUGUCCUCCUCGACAGGUGUGCGGUCAGUCUGGCGCCACUGGGUGGAUAGCCGCACUGAAAAUGCCGCGUCCGUCACGGAUGAAGGCGACUGCGAGGAGCUGCCUGACGGAAACUACCUCGAGAAGGGUGAGAUGGUCAACCCGGCCACCGGAAAGAUGGCACCUUACGAGGAAGUGUGGAUCGACGUCCAGCCAGUGGCCACAUCCCCUUCUGAGGUCGGGGCGAUGCGCUGUGUGGUGGUGCAGCUGCACGACGAUGCUGCUGGAACGCGAGGCGUCGUUGAGCGACUGGGGCAAUUCUGCCAAGGGAUCGUGCGCACUGCCGCAAAAGGCAUUACGGUAGAACGCUGGCAAUGGACGGCCGACAAAGGCUGGCAGCGCACCUUUCGUCUCGGGACCGGCUCGAUUCCGUGUCAACAGCUCGUGCACGAAACAAGGCUGCUGGAAGAGGGCGACAUCUUGCAUGACAAUGGCCAUCUCUGGACCGUCAUCGAGACGGCAGCCGUGCGUGGAGGAGGCCACUGA